CAGGAAUGGACAAGAUUCUUCAAUUUUUGCAACUUCUCCUUAUUUUGGAAGUUGUCUCUUCUCGUGAAUGUUACUUGAAAAAUUUGUCUGAGAAAUGGUGCAACAAAGAAAUGAAAAUAUUAUUUGAUGAAAGUGAAGACUGGGAAACUUUUGAUUGUUCAAACAAAGAUUGUGGUUCCAACAUCACGUUUUUCACUAACGAUAAGUUUAAAGAAUAUCUCACAGAUAAAAUUAACAACAACAAUUCAAUCACAGAACUUUUUGUCUAUGAAAAUUAUCAAAUCCGGACGGAUGAAAUGGAAAACUUGCAACAUAAUUUAACUGAGGAAAACUUGGCUCUAAUCAAAAUGGAAGACGUCUCACUGGUGAUAAGAAAUGAAUCAAACAAUGUAUAUCUUACAUCUGUAGGGUAUAGCGACUACCAGUAUUUUGCACUGAUUGAUAACAAUAAACAAUACAUAAUUAAAGAAAGCCAGGGCACUGAUGAAUAUUGGCAGUUAAUUAAUGUUGGAACACAGAAUAAGGAAUACCUGCAGAUUGGUCAAUUAGGCAGCACUGUGGUCUUGAUGAACAAUACACAUCUGUAUGAACUUGGCGACCCUUUGAAAGACAUUUGUAUAGAACAGAGGCAUUCAAACUGCUUAUGCUCAAGAUCUGCACUGCAAGGAACAGUUGAUCCCAAAACCUUCAUCUGUGAAGGCCAAAAGUAUAUUGAAACCAGAAUAAAUCUCACAGACUCCAGAGUCUUUAUGUUUUCUGAUAAGAAGUGCAGUGAACAAUGUGAAAUCAAAAAUAUCACGUAAGUUUGUCACAAAUUA